AUGUUAUUUUCAUUCCUGGCAAUUCUAGGCUUUGCUGCCUCGACGCUGGCCGACGGUUCUUGUGUGGCACCCAGUUACAGCCAACCUCCAGUCUUGUACUGGAAAUGGGAGCCAACGCCCAUCUUUUCCUCACCAGGAAACGGACCUUCUGGAGGGUCUACUCUCACUUUCAUUGAAUGGAAGACUUCUACCACUACCGUUGUGGUGACUCAGACUGUUUCGACGUCUGUGUCAACUGUUCCUACCGAUGUGGCUGGUGAAGAAACCACGCCUGCGACAUCUGCGUCACCUACCAGGACAAACUUGGUGCUAUCGUCUAUCACAGUGGCCCAUUUUCGAGGUGCGUCCUCAGCGAGCUCCUCGAUCCCCGUCAGCUCGUCAAGUUCUUCGGCCCACUCUGUCGCAACAACCUCUAGCUUCACGGGACUUUCUGCAUCUACCACCCUCGUCGCCCACUUUCUCAACUCCAGCUCAACGACUUCGUCUGCCAGUUUUGCAAGCAACGAGAACGUCGCAGCCGUCUCUGGAAAGCCCACUUCUACGUCUUCAAUCUCCGUUUCGGCCACACCGACCGCAGCUGAAGCAACAUCUGCGGCUUCUACCUCGGAAGUCUUCAUCGGCCUGGGUACUCGCUACGGCGGUUCUUGCUCAGAGGAAGACUGCUGGCAGGGCGGCGCAUGCAGUUUCGUAGACUAUACACUUCCAGCCGGAAUCGACGGGUCGACCUGUGUCUCUGAGGAUAUCUGGAACAAUGGUACUAACUGUGGUGGCUGUAUCUCUGUCAGCUACAAGGGCAAGACUAUCACAGUCAUGGUUACGAACCUGACUGGAGGUAACGCCACACAUCUUGAUAUGACUCCUGAUACCUGGGCCAAACUUACCAACGGAUACUCUGGUGGUGGAGUUGACGGUAUCGAGUGGGAAUGGAUCACUUGUCCUAUUGCUGAAACCGAGCCCUUGUGGAUUCGAAUGCACGGCGGAGCAUCAAAGUACUGGUUUGCUGCAACCGUGGAAAACGCUCGAUAUCGGACUUCGAAACUGGAAGUAAGCAGCGAUGGAGGCAAGACGUGGCAAGACACCACGCUCAACAACUACAACAUCUUUGUAUUGGAUGGGACCCUUCCCAGUGACACCGCCAGUGUCCGAGUUACCAGCAUUACAGGCAGCCAGGUUAUUGUCGACAACGUGGCGCUGAAGUCCAACACGGACACGAAAGCCACCGAAAACUACUCCUGA